AUGGCCUACGACGCACACCAGAAUUACCGUCCGCCCCCGCGCCAGUACUACGACCAGGGUGGCUACGACGACGCUCAUUACAACAACAGCUAUGGGCAGGCCCAGCAGCAGUACGACCAAUAUGGAUACGACGAUGGAUACCAAAACGGCUAUUAUGACGAUGGCUAUGGAGGAUACUCGGGAGGGUACGGCGGCGGCUACCAGCAGCAACAAGGCCCGCCGCCUCGCCAGAACGCCCCUCCAGCGGGUUAUGGGCGGAUGAACGGUGGGCCGCCGCCGCCGCCCCAGAACUACGCCCAGGGUCCGCCGCCUGGGGGCGCUCCUCGAGGGCGAGAUGGAGGCCCUGGUCCGGCCCCCCGAGGUCGAGGAGGAUACGGUCCUCCUCCAGGACGAGGCGGAUACGGAGGCCCAGCACCGCGCGGUCCUCCCCAAGGCGAUCCGAUGGGCCGCGGGCGACCCCCGCCUCAAAAUGCCCCGCCGCGUGGUGCCAGAGCACCAAAUCGCCCGCGUUCACCCGAGGGAAUGCCUUUCGACAACCCAUUUCCGGUAUUUCCAAACAACAAAACUCCCCCAAGGUCGAAAGCCCGAAUGGUCAAGGACACCACAGCUAAUGCGCCCAUCAAGAAUGCCCCACCACCAAAUGGCGACCCGUACAGGAAGGCUCCGCGGAAGAUGAGCAAGGCAAGUGAUGGACCGCGCCCAAGUCUGGACAGCAGCAGACCGAAUAUGCCUGGAUACGCACGCGGCCCUGACCAGUUCGACUACCCUCCCCCGCCGCAGCGAUCGCAUACCGCUAAGCCCGAGGCUUCGAUUGGCGGUUUCCGCAUGCCAUUUGGUUCGCCCGAACAGCCCCGACCGAUGCAGCGCUCGCAGACGAUGCCGCAAAACUAUCAGGAAGAUUAUGACCAGCAAUGGCAGGAGCCCGGUCCAGCUCCGGGUCACUACGGUGCCAAUCCAGAGAGCUAUGGCCAGCGUCCUUCUACUGCAGGUGGCGAAAGACGGCCGCCGCCUCCGCAGAAAGCGCAAGCUCCCACACCUUACGCCCCGCUAAAAUACCAGCCCGACAAACGCGACACGGUGGAGGAGGUGGUCGACCACUAUUACAACAAUCAGCACGGUCAUGACCCACGCAAACCUUUGAGUCGCGAGGACGCCAUUGAAGCUGAGAUGCCAGACUUCGACGCUAUUCCACAGGCACCUAAACAUCGACGCGGCCUGUCCUUUGAAGAGCAUUUGGGUGGAACCAAUGCUCCGCCAAGCCAUCAGCGGGACUACCCUCCUGCCGAGUCGCGCGGACGGUCUAACUCAAACUUCAGCCAGCCAUUGCACAGGAGUAGAUCCCAACCGGAUUUCAAUCGAGGCCAGGAUCCCAAUUACAUUCAUGAGAUGCCUGCCGACGCCCCGCCUGUACCGCAAUUGCCUCGAAGUCAGACCUUCAAUGACCAGGGAGGGUACGGGUAUGGCCAGGUGCCACCCCCUGCACACCCGGGAGCAUCGCAAGGAUACGGACGUGGACCACCUGGACAGGCUUACGGCGGUAUGCCACCGAAUGGUAUGGCUCGUGGCACUCCUGGCCCUCCAGGUCCUCCAGGUCCUCCAGGCCCUCCAGGUCAUGGCAUGCGUCCGUACGGAGGUCGACCCGACCAAAUGCAACGCAACGCUACAGAAAUGUCGCAGGCGUCUGAUCCUGGACCAAAUGGACGAUACAACAACGGCCCUCCCAAUCAGCCACUCCCUGAUCAUAGAACACGCGGUCCACCAUUACAGACAAAUAUGGGACCGCGUGGACCGAACAACAUGAUGAGCCCGGUGGACCAGCGCAACAACAUGAUGAGUCCAGUAAACAACACGAGGAGCCCCGUAAAUCAGCGGGGAAAUAACAUGAUGAGUCCUGUCGACCAGCGAGGCAAUAAUAUGAUGAGUCCAGCCGACAGCCGCCCCGUUAAUCCAGAUGCUCUCCCGCACCAUGCUACGCCAGUCCGUCCCGGGCUGCAGCAGCCGGGUGGGCAGCAGGCGCCGCAGCAAUCGGGCAAGCCUAUUCCAAUCCGUCAACACAAUGUUACUCCCAACCCGGAUGUACCUGGUGGCCCGUCUCCCUCCGCCUCCCAAAGGAAAGCUCGCCGCGGGUCUGACCCGAUUACCAUGGACAAGCUAGUCAGACUCCGGAACGACGCUGCCGCCCGUCCGAAUGACAGAGAUAUCCAGCUGCGCCUUGCGAAGAAACUUGUCGAAGCUGCUGCUGUGUUGGCGGAUGAGGGAGGUCGUGCGGAUCCGAAAACGCGCAAUAAAAACCGAGAGCGUUAUACGAUGGAGGCACACAAGAUCGUCAAGAAGCUCGCCCACAGCAAACAUCCGGAGGCUAUGUUCUACUUGGCAGACUGCAUGGGAUCUGGACAGCUCGGGCUGGAGCGUAGUGAGAAAGAAGCUUUCUCGCUGUAUUUGGAGGCAGCGAAGCUAGGACAUGCUCAAGCAGCGUACCGUACUGCUGUUUGCUGUGAGAUUGGUGCUGAAGAUGGCGGCGGCACCCGGAAAGACCCGGUCAAGGCAGUGCAAUGGUACAAACGAUCAGCAGCUCUCGGGGACACUGCUGCCAUGUAUAAGAUGGGCAUGAUCCAGCUCAAGGGCCUCCUGAACCAGCCAAAGUCCCCGCAAGAAGCCAUUACCUGGCUCAAACGCGCGGCAGACCAUGCCAACGAGGAGAACCCACACGCGCUGCACGAGCUCGCGCUCUUGUACUCGAACAAGGCCGGGUCCCGCGACGCCGCUGCUGAUGUCGUCUCUCGCGACGAGCAGUACUCGUUCAACCUUUUCAAGAAGGCUGCCGAGUUGGGCUAUAAGUUCUCGCAGUUCCGACUCGGAGAGGCGUUCGAGUACGGCUAUCUCGGUUGUCCGAUUGAUACGAAGAAGAGUAUCGGGUGGUACACGCGCGCGGCGGCUCAGGAAGAGCAUCAGAGCGAGUUGGCGCUGUCAGGCUGGUAUCUGACCGGAUGCCAAGGCAUAUUGGAGCAGAGCGACACUGAAGCGUACCUCUGGGCGCGGAAAGCGGCGUGCGCGGAUCCGCCGCUUCCAAAGGCAAUGUUUGCCAUGGGAUACUACACCGAAGUAGGAAUUGGGUGUCAGAGAAGCUUGGAAGAGGCAAAGCGAUGGUAUGGCCGGGCAGCUUCAUACAACUUCCCCAAGGCACGCGAACGUCUGGAGGAGCUCAAGAAGGGCGGUGCCAAGGUCCAGAAGGGACGUGAGCGCCUGUCCCGGUCUAACAAGGAGCAGCACGAAGAAAAUUGCGUGGUGAUGUAA